AUAAUAAACAUGGCGGCUGUGGUUGGUGUAUAUUUAGGGAAUACCAGCGCAUCAUUAGCUAUCCACAAGGCUGGAAGGACGGAUAUUAUAGCGAAUGAUGCAGGGGACAGAGUCACUCCAGCUCUCGUCGCGUAUUCUGGAAAAGACAAGGCAAUUGGUCUUCCAGCUAAGCAAGGGCUUAUUCGCAAUUCAAAGAAUACCAUGGCAAGAGCAUGCAAAAUAAUUGGAUUGAGGUUUUCUGAUGAUACAGUUCAUCAAGAGGUUCAAGAUUCUGGUUGUAAGAUUGUUGAUAAAGAUGGAAAGCCCUUUUAUGAAGUCCAGCUGAAUGAAAAACCCACUCUGUUUUCUCCUAAAGAAGUUAUCAAGAUGAUUUUUGAGAAACUUUUAGAAAUUUCUCAGGCUAAUGGUGGAAAUGACAUUGAAGAAGCUGUUAUCACUGCACCUUUACACUUUAGCAAUGAACAGAAAACAGAGAUCAGAGAGGCUGCAGAAGAUGCUGGCUUUGAUGUGCUUCGUGUUAUAAGUCAACCAGCGGCAGCAGCACUGGCCUAUGACAUUGGACAAAAUGAUCGCACCUCAUUAAGGAGGGUACUUGUUUAUAGACUUGGAGGAACUACUCUUGAUGUCACUGUUUUGGUUGUCAAUGGUGGAAUGUACAGAGUGAUAGCAACAGAAAGUGACACAGCCUUGGGUGGAAGAAAAUUUGAUGAGUUACUUGCACAUCAUCUUGCUGCAGAGUUUCAAAGACAGUGGAAACUAGAUGUCAGAAGCAAUACCAGAGCAAUGGCCAAACUAAGGGCCAGUGCAGAGAACUGUAAACAUAUUCUGUCAUCCAGGGAUACAGCAACUUGUGCCAUCGAGUCACUCUGUGAAGGGAUUGACAUGAACACCAAAGUAUCCAGAGCUCGGUUUGAAUCCCUCUGUUGGAGUUUAUUCCAACAAAGUCUUUCCUCCAUCGACCGAGUUCUUUCCACAGCAAAUAUCAGUAGAAACAACAUAGAUCAGGUUGUUUUGGUAGGUGGCUCCACACGUAUUCCUAAAAUCAAGCAGCUUGUUCAAGAGUAUUUUGCAGAAAAAGAAGUUUGUCAGACAAUUGAUCCAGACAGUGUGUUGGCAUAUGGUGCUGCUAUACAGGCGUCGUUACUUCAAGGAAGAGAAGAACAGAUAAAUGAUGAUAUAGAGGCGGAAUGCACGUCAAAGGCUAUUAGUGUGAUGCUCGAAGAGGCAGAGGCCCGUCUGUGUCCAAUUAUCCCCAAGCACUCUCCCAUACCGCUACGAAAAACACACAAUUUCACAACCUCUGUGGACAAUCAGGAGACUGUUUGCUUAUCUGUAUAUGAAGAGGAUGACGACAUGGCUAACAAUGCUGGAAAGACUCUUGUAGCUAAGGUAGUUCUUGAAGAUAUACCACCCAUGGCAAAAGGGCAAGCAGAAAUUAUAGGGACCUUUCACAUUAGAAGAGAUGGAUCGUUGCACAUUCAUUUGAUGGAAAAGACAUCUGAGAAGUCUGCUGACAUCAAUAUUGACUGCUGCACUUGAUUAGGUCGUACGUGGCGAAAUUCAAUAAAAUCCUACUAUCGAGCUAACUUGAUUGGAAUGUUGUGAAGAACGUGAUGGAUUUUAUGUUAUUUUUUAAUACUUUGCUUAUCUUAAUCAGUUACUGCGAUAAUCUGGUUCUACACAUGGCGGGGAAUUUUUUCCAGAUAAGCCGUUCAACCUGGGGUGAACUAUUUUAAAGCAUGAACAUUGUGCGAGGGUUGCAGAAGAUGUUCUCGCUAAAUCGAAAAAGAAUUUCUCAAAAUAAAUCCCCGUAAAAACUUGCUGCAAGCAGACCAAUGAAAAUGUCAGGGCGCGGUUGUUUAGAACCUGAGAACAAAAGGGCAGAGCGAAAAGAAGAGAAACAACAACACUGGUAAUAGUUUUUAGAAUUCCAGCAAGGAAAAAAAUGUUCUAAUUUAUUUGAAUCCUUAGAAAAAAGGAUUCUGAGACUCUUUAUGGCUUGGUCAUUUUUCCAACUAAACCUCGACAAAGAUUUGCCAGGGGAGAAAACUUGAACUUGAUCUUUGUCAUGGCCAAAAUUGCGCAGAUUUUGACUAUUGCGUAAGUGGUUUCGCAAAAUUUGACUCGACUCUCUAUCUGCGCCAUCUUUAAUCUUGGCUUGUCAAGUUGUCUUUCUAGUUUCAGGUGCAGAAAAGUACGAGUAUUCGUGGUCUUAAAUGUGCAUACGUAUUUUCGUGAAGUUUUACAGUCAAAAAUUGAGCAUCAGAGUACUUCCAACGUAGCUUAACGUCAAUGUUUGUUGAGGACUCAAUGGAUGAUGUUUCUAUAGAUCACUUUCGAGAUCAGUGUUGACGACAAAUGGUUGAUUUAUUACUAGUGAUUGUUAUCAACGAAUACUUAGCGUUAUAUCAGGUUGUUACCUUGAAAUGGCUGGUCCAAGGUCUGUGCAGUUAGAUGUAAUUUUGUGCGUUUUCUCUUUUACGCGAAGUCAAAAAUAUAGAGUACUUCGUACACGUUUAAGAGAUGGAUGCUCUUCGUUUCGCGCAAAAAAAUCUUCCUUUCUGGGGCUGGGUUGUGCUCCAAGUGGGUGGCAAAAAAAUCGGCACCUCCUGAUCCUUUCACUCCCAAGAGUGCUCAAAGAGGAAUUUCUCCCAGGUAUUGUUUUUGAGAUUAUUAUUAUUCAUUUAUUGAAUACUUUUGUAACAAGGAUUCUAGCCUUGGUUCAUAGCCGAAAAAAACCUGUUAAACUUGAUUGAGAUGAUAACUUGAGUAGCCAAGGAAAAUUUCUGCCCAAGCGCCACUCGAAAAUAUAAUGUUCCAUCUCCUAUUGUAAGUUAUACAAUGAUACUUAACCUGUGAAAGGUACUUGUAAACACGUGUAACGCAUUUAAAACGAGUAAUAGUCCUCUAGUGAAAGUUUUUAAUGGUUAAAAGACAACAUAGCACAUCGUAAGGUGUAAUAUCUCUUGCAUUUGGUGGUGGUAGUGUGGUCAAAAUUAUGGCCGAGUAAGUAACUCGUCGGAAAUUCAAACAAUGCUAUGUGACUUUCUAUAGAACAGAAAUACCUUGCACACAAAAAUUUCCUUUUGAUAAUAGGGGAGUCUUUUUGUAAUAACCGAGCCCGAUUUCUCUUUCGGGUUUGAAAUGUUUUUCGACCUUUAGGAAUGUAAUUUCUUUGACAGCAAGCCACAACUUAUCACAAGUCAUUUUACCAAGUUGCAAAUUUGCAAAAAAGUUAUGGUUUCGAUAU